AUGAGCUACAUCGCCCGCCGAGGUCUCUCGACCUUGAUCCCCCCCAAGGCCAUCGGUGCCGCCAAGGAUGCCGCUCGCAUGGAGCGCGUUGUGAACUUCUACGCCAGACUCCCUCGCGGUUCCGCUCCCGAGGUUAAGCCCACUGGCCUCAUUGGACGCUACCAGGCUCGUUACUUCGGCAAGAACCCUUCUGCUGCGCCUCUUGCCCACGCCAUUGGUGGUAUCCUUCUCAUCGGCUACAGCAUGGAGUACUACUUCCACCUUCGCCACCACAAGAACCACCCUCACUAA